AUGACUAAAGUUUCAAAAUUUCAAUAUAGUCAAAUCGAGGGUUACAAAACACAAAAGCUCAUACUUCCUUUCCUUUUGAAGAAGGACGGAACAGAACUUCUCACGGCUGGGCUAGAUAAUCGACAUCUGAUAACUGUUGGCAGCUCGGAGAAGCCGACAAAUUAUCCUCUGGAUUAUUCUGAAUUCAUGCUAAGAUUGGGGGGCAAGAAUACGGUGACCGUGACUCAUCCUGACAUAACUGCGCCAGAUUCUGAAAAUGAUCUUGUGAGGGCGGAACAGGAGUUGACUGAUAAACGUCUUAAUGGGCAAAUUAAGAUGGACAAAGUCAGCCCUUACCUCAAGACAGGUGGAAGCAAUCAAAUCCAUACUCGAUUUAUUGAGAAAGUCACGACAAAGGUGGCGGCGAUCAGAGAUGAUGCGAAGAAGUCUAGUAUUGGGGAUGUUUCCGAACGUCUUGAUCGCGCCGACACGAUUGGUCGACGAAUAAUACUCCUUAGGAAAGCCUCGACAAAUAACUGGCUGAUCAAGUACUUGUCCAGAGACGACGGGUGGAAUCUCCAAAUAACUGAGGACGGUUCAACCCGUACCACUGUUACGACUGUGGACGACGCAGAGACCGGGGUUUCAGGUGAAGACAAGAUAUCCAAAUACCAAACAAUCAACUUUCCAGCAACCUUUGAAGAUCCACUCAACACCGCGAAAAUUGAAGGGAAGAACAUUCAAAGUGGAGUUGAUUUUCAGACCUGGGUGAGUUUCCCUUCUUUCAAGAUGUUAUCCUAUAACCCCAAGAGGUACUAA